CGUUCCAAUUCUAUCAGACUAAAUGGCAUAAAAGGUCAAAUCUAACAUGCAUAAAUGAGAGAGAAGAGAGAUUGAAUGCGGAGAGGAGCACCUUAUUCCCCACUUGGCCUAUGAAUCAAUUUUUUUCCCCCCUUUUAUUACUACUUAUGAUUGUUACCAUUACUUCAUAAGGGAUAUAUGCAAACGACCCUAGAAACGGCAGGAGGAGGCGGAGCAAACGACGUAAAAAUGUCAUCACCCUCCGAUGUCGCAUGUGUUCACCCGAUUCCAUAGCACUAUUGAUUAAUCAAAUGCCGAGAAAACAGAGAAGCAAAGAAAACCUACCAUUAUAUAUACACAUCCCAUAUGGCGUGAUGCAGGAGAGAAUCAGUUGCUGUGAGGGAGUGACGCACACAGAUUAUUAUCUGUGCCUUCAAGCAUCCUUUUCUCCUUCCUCACCUUGGUAUUCACCGCGGUUGGAGUCGGAUUGUUGAACAAAUCAGUGCUGUUUCUUUACGCAUUAAGUCGCUCGCAUUCCAAACGUAAACCAGAGUAUUGGUUUUCUGUUCUCUUCAUGCCCUUUUAUCAAGAUCGAUUUCUUUGUAUGCCCAUUUAGUCAGAAACAAAUCUCCCUCCCCAUUACAGCCUCCACACGUUCGAAAAAUAUGAACAAGACGGAUUUACAUUAAACCCUAGCGUACACCUUGUCCCAAGGCUUGAAUUGAUGGGGAGGGGUGGAAUUCCGUCAAUUGAUGACGGAAGAGAUAGGCUUUUCUCAAUCUCAGAUUUGGGGUCUCCAUGGAGUAUUCAAGAGGGAUAUUAUCCUCCCGGAGGCUUAUUUGCCAGCGUGAAUCAGAUGGGAAUGGGUUUUGGCGCUCAACCCAAUGCUUCUGAUUCCCGCGACAAUGGCAACGAAAAACUACCCUAUGCUGAAAUGUUCGUGAAGUAUGUGCAAUCACUGGGCAAAGUUGAGAAUGAUGGAGCAAAGGAGGAAGAAGGGAAUAAAGGCAGGAAGAAGGGUGGUCUCAAACUGAAAAUUAAGGUCAGGAAUCCAUCACUAAGGAGGUUAAUUAGUGGCGCCGUUGCCGGGGCGGUGUCCCGAACCGCAGUGGCACCUUUGGAGACUAUAAGGACUCAUUUAAUGGUUGGGAGUAGCGGCCAUUCUUCUACUGAGGUGUUCAGCAAUAUUAUGAAGACUGAUGGUUGGAAGGGGUUGUUUAGGGGCAAUCUCGUAAAUGUGAUUCGGGUUGCACCAAGCAAGGCCAUAGAGCUAUUUGUUUAUGAUACAGUCAACAAAAAUCUAUCACCAAAGCCCGGGGAACAGCCAAAACUCCCUGUCUCUGCAUCAUUGGUUGCUGGAGCCUGUGCAGGAGUUAGUUCUACUAUAUGCACUUACCCUCUUGAGUUAGUCAAGACUCGACUAACUAUUCAGAGAGGUGUUUAUAAUGGUUUGCUGGAUGCAUUCUUAAAGAUAAUUCGUGAUGAAGGCCCUGCAGAACUUUAUCGAGGCCUUGCUCCCAGCCUUAUUGGAGUGAUUCCAUAUUCUGCCACCAAUUACUUCGCCUAUGACACACUGCGGAAAGCAUACCGAAAAAUUUUCAAGCAAGAGAAGAUUGGCAACAUUGAAACCCUCUUGAUCGGAUCGGCAGCUGGUGCAAUUUCAAGUAGUGCUACUUUUCCGCUUGAGGUAGCUCGCAAGCAUAUGCAAGUUGGAGCUCUGAGUGGAAGGCAGGUUUACAGAAAUGUGAUUCAUGCUCUUGCAAGCAUACUUGAACAAGAAGGGAUUCCAGGUUUAUAUAGAGGGUUGGGACCAAGCUGUAUGAAGUUGGUACCAGCCGCCGGCAUCUCCUUCAUGUGCUAUGAAGCGUGCAAGAGAGUUCUGGUUGAGAUUGAUGGCGAGGAAUAAGGAUGAGAGAGGCAGAAUUCAUACUUCUACUUUCGGUCCCAGGUGGAAUUGCAUACUUAACACGUUCGGCUUAUUUAUUUUACAUCUUCUUUUAAUAAUAUUAUUGGAUAUUUUUCCCCAACUUUUUUUUCUUGAAGCAAAUUAGGGUGGAAUAUUGGUUUCCUAAGUUAUCUAUUCUUUUUAACCACUUGACACUUUAGUCAGUUUAGGCAUCCUCCUGGCUAUGAUGGUUUCACUUUAGGUGUUACUUGUCAUACUGUUCUUAUUUUCUUCUCUGCAUAGUGACUAACCUGUUUUGGUAGGGUGCUUAUUUCCUUUAUGCUCAAUUCUUGACUUCUCGUUGGUAA